AUGAGCACCCAAAGUGACUUCGACACUGGCCUCGCCACGCAGCUGCUCGUUCAGGCGACUGAGCACUGGCAGCAGACUUCGACGCGUAUCAUUCUGCAGUGGGCUGCAUCUCUUGUUUUGCUUCGCAUAUCCUGGCUGGUAGUCUAUAGGCUCUACUUUCAUCCCCUUGCCGAGUACCCCGGUCCUCUGCUAUGGCGCAUCAGCAUCCUUCCCAGUUUGUACUAUGCGUGGACCGGCGAUAGACACCUUGUCGUCGACAAACUUCAUAAAAAAUAUGGCAAGGUACUCCGCAUGGAGCCCAACCUCGUCUCGAUAUGCACUCCCAACGCUAUCAAAACGAUGUACGGGCCCGGCACCAAGUUCGAGAAGGCCAUGUUCUAUACCCGGGGUCCCAAGGAGAAACAGCUUCUCGUGAACCUCGCAAGUACAACCGACAAGACGGUCCACGCACGCAAGCGCCGCAUCAUCUCACAUGCCAUGAGCGAAGCCGCCAUUCGGUCCUACGAGCCCACAAUCUUGAACAAGAUUGAAUUGUUCUGCAAGAACCUCAGCGACCCCAAUACCUUUGGAGGUGCUUACAAGAACAUGUCGCGCUGGUUCUCGUACUUGACCUACGAUAUCAUGGGGCAGCUCACCUUUAGCCAGAGUUACGACAUGCUGACCAAGGACGAUCACCACUUUAUCCAGCCUUUGAUCGACUCCUACCAGCACAGUCAAGUAAUUCUCGGAACGGAGCCCAAACUGGAUCAAUGGGGACUGGCUCCUCUGUUCCUCCUGAAGAUCAUGGCCGAGAACAAAAAGUUCCGCCAGUAUGUCGACAACCAGGUCAAUACUCGUAUUGCGCUCGAGAAAGCCGGGAGAGGACCACCUGAUAUUUUCAAGCUUCUGUUGGAGCACAAGGACAAGGAGACGGGUGAAAGUAUGGGCUUCAAGGAACUCUCGGAUGAAGCAGUCGUUUUGAUUAUUGCUGCUAGCGACACUACUGGCACGGCUCUAUCCGGCCUGUUCUUCUACCUUGCCCGCUACCCAGAGUGCUAUGACAAACUCAAGGACGAGAUCCGAACCCAGUUCUCCAGCCUGGAUGAGAUUGUCGGAGGACCGAAACUUCUCGCUUGCAAAUACAUGCGUGCCUGCGUCGAGGAAGCCCUCCGCAUGUCGCCCGGAGUUCCAGGAUUCCUGACUCGCGAAGCUCCCCAGGGCGCCUCCAUCGACGGCUAUUACUUUGCGCCUCAGGUCCAGGUCGCGAUACCAACAUGGACAAUGCACCGUAACCCAGAAGUGUAUCCUGAGCCGCAGAUUUUCAAACCAGAGCGCUGGAUGGUCGACUCGGACGUGGAGCUGCAGAAACUGCGAUCCUCUUACUACCCCUUCAGCAUGGGAACUCGUGGAUGCAUCGGCAAGAAUAUGGCUUAUCAUACGAUCUACUUGACCAUUGCACGACUGGUGUACCAGUUUGAGAUUGAGUCACGAGACGAACUGCCCCUGGAAUUCCACGUCAAGGAUCACUUUGCAGCUGGGAGCAAGGAUGGGCCGUAUCUCAAGUUUAUGCGCAGGACAGGGGCUUAG